CUAGCCGCCGAAUUUCAAUCCCUAGAUUUUGCUACCGACACUCUUCUUCCUAAUUCUCUUGUCUUCUUCUUCUUCUUCUUCUUCUUCUUCCUCUUCUUCCGUUCGCCUGUUGUAAGCUGCGAUGGCGAAGAAGCGAAAGCUUGACGCUUCGAAAGGCGCUGCAUCGUCGGGGCCGCCCAAGAAACAACAGCAGCAGCAACAACAACAGCUGCAGCUACAGAAGCUGCAAGAAGAAGAGGCGAAGAAGGUUAAGGUAGAAGAAGAGGAGGAGGUGGCCGAAGAAGUGGAGGAGGAGGCCGAAGAAGUGGAGGAGGAGGUGGAGGAAGAGGAAGAAGAAGUGGAAGAGGAGGAGGAGGAGGAGGAGGAGGAGGAGGACGGCGGCGAAGAUGCGAACGAAGGGGAUAAGCAGAUCGGGCUGGGCUGGGACACCAUCGCCGAGACCCUGAUUGCAGCCUUCAAGCAGUAUGGAGAGAUCGAGGAUUGCAAGGCGGUGACGGACAAGGUUUCUGGGAAAUCCAAGGGCUAUGGUUUUAUUCUGUUCAUCGCGGUGUUUGGAUGCUGGGGACGCCGCUGUCGCCGAUGGUGAGAAAAUGGAAGCGAGUUUGAGAGGCAGAGCGGCGCGGGGGAGACGAGAGGAGAGUGUAGAGAGAAGGAAGAGCGCAGCAGCCGAAGGUAGGGUUUAGUGUAGUCUCUGCUUCUCUUCCAAUUUUUUUUUUAGCUUGCUCAAAAACGUCGCCGUUUGGAUUAAAUUAAGGGGACCGCCGGUUUUAAUAAAACCGGCCGAAAUUUCGGCCCAUUGCAGUCCAACCGUAAAAACCGCCCGGCAGGCUCUUGGAUGGUACACAGCCCCUGUUGUGCCGAGCCAGGUCCGGUUUCCGGUUUUUCCGGUCCGACCGGCCGAUCCGGUACGGUAUCCUGGUCCUUGCCAAAGUAAUAAACAAACAUGUGAUUAACGUAAAAGCUAAAAGUGGCAAUGGGCUGAUUAAAUAUGGAUGUCUAUACCCACACUUUACCACGGGCCCAAGUAAAAAAAGUGUGCAAAACCCGUUGACCCAUUAACAUUAGUUUGAGGUUUUUUUUUUUUCCGUUGCUUGUCUAUUUCUCUCAUUCAUUAUUGUUGUUAAAAUAGAAAACCUAAAAUCUAAAUCCCUCCCCACUCCUCAGGAGCGGAUAACUCUCGGUAACCAUGAGUAACCUGUCCACAUCAACAUGACAUUAGUAGUCUCUCUCUUGGAAAGUCUUUUAUCUUUUGCCCUUUAAUCUUUGAUGGAUGAUUUCUCGCUUGUUUUAAGUCGAAAUUUAAUUUUUUUGCACAAAUAAAUCAGAUUAAAUAUGCUCUUCAAAAUGAUAUUCACUUUGAUAUAUUUUUAGUACAAAAAAAUUGAAUAAUUUUUUACCAGUCCAUAUGGUAUGCUCCAAUUUAAUACCAUAUGGUAAGAAAGCAUACCAUGAUGCUAUGAACAUACCAAUAUGGUAAGAAGGUUGAAUACAUGAUAGUAGGAGUAUAUUAACUGUCAUUUACGACUUUCAUCGUUGUUUACUACAAGUUACCACAAGUUACCAAUCACAUACCAUAGUGGUAAAGUAUGGUAAUAUAUUAUCUAGUAUUUUUUUUACCCAGAAAUUUAUAGAUCCAAUAGAUCAUGAUGAACUCGUUUCUUCUGAGCAAACAUUUUCAAAAACGAUAGAAAAACGAAGAAGUUACCAUAUGGUAUGUAGUUGGUAAAAAAACAGUUUCUCGAAAUAUAUUGAAAAUUGAUCUCAUUUUGUAGAGCAUAACGAACUCAUUCCAUCUGUGCAAAAAAAAUUGAAAUCCGAGUUAGAACGAAGAAGAUAAGAGUCAAUUAAGAAAACUAAAAAAAUAAAAUUAGAAUUAUUAAGCACCGAGUUUUCUACUGUUGCAUACGACAAAAACGGGAUUACCUUUUUUAACUCGAAAUUUACUGUUCACGUCUCUUUUUUUCUAAUUUCCUGCGCCCGUGCGUAUUUUACCAACCUUGGCGGCUGUUGUUCACUCUCUUUAUACAGAGGAUUGUACAAAAGUGAUCUCCGUUGGGCUGGUCAAGUAAACGAUUUAUUCUGUUCAUCUCUGUCUUUCUUCAUCAUUUAAUUUGCAACAAAUGAUCAAGUCCGUAACUUUCUUCCUUCCCAAUUCAUUCAACGUGGACCAAACAAAUAGUGAAAUUGCCAUCCAGAUACCCUUCUUCCAAACUCCAUAUCUCCUUGAGUGAGAGAAGAAUUAGUUUAGAUUGCCAUCCAGAUACCCUCUCUUCCAAAACUCCAUAUCUCCUUGAGAGAGAGAAGAAUUAGUUUAGCCUCUUAUUUUGAAUUAUAUUGCAUGCAAUUAGUUUUCUAACCCAAAUUAACAACGUCUCCUUGCAAUGCAUUCAUGAUAAAGAUGGGAGGGAACUUGCCUACUAUCUGCAGUGCUCAUCAUUGAGAUGGAAGGGCGCUCACCUAUUCUCUUCUUCUCCUCUGCGAAUGAAAGCGGGAGAAUGGCCGGCCAGCAUUCAAGCACAACAAAUUAAUUAAGUUAAA